AUGCUCGCCCUCCGCGCAUCAACUUCUACGCGCGUCUUUGCUCGCGCGUACUCUGUCCAGGCCGCCGCACCUGUCGCUGCCGCCCCUACCCCCCGCCCACGGACACUGGGGUACCUCGUUGCGAGGAGUGAGCAGGGCAAUCUUCCCGUGUAUACCGAGUACCGGAAUGGACGGAGCAACCGGCUCACGGUUGUGCGCAAGAUUUCUGGGGAUGUUGGGGCCCUCCGUAACGACAUUGCGCAGUACCUCGCGGACGGACACAUCGACCCGCUCAAGGCGCCGCCCAAGGUCUAUAUCCGUCCCACAUCGGGCCACGUCGAGAUCAAGGGCCACUGGGCCGAGGAGAUCAAGGAGUGGCUGGCCAUGCGCGGUUUCUAG